AGGCUCAAGACCUCAUUGCAGUCAUGGCUUUCACAAACUACAGCAGUCUGAAUCGAGCUCAGCUAACCUUUGAGUAUCUGCACACAAAUUCAACCACUCAUGAAUUUUUGUUUGGUGCUCUUGCUGAACUGGUUGAUAAUGCAAGGGAUGCUGAUGCCACCAGAAUAGAUAUUUAUGCAGAAAGGCGAGAGGACCUUCGAGGAAGAUUUAUGCUUUGCUUUUUGGACGAUGGAGCAGGAAUGGAUCCGAGUGAUGCUGCCAGUGUGAUCCAGUUUGGGAAGUCGGCCAAACGAACACCUGAGUCCACCCAGAUUGGGCAGUACGGGAAUGGGUUAAAAUCGGGCUCAAUGCGCAUUGGGAAGGAUUUUAUCCUCUUCACCAAGAAGGAAGACACCAUGACCUGCCUUUUCCUGUCUCGCACCUUUCAUGAGGAAGAAGGCAUUGAUGAAGUGAUAGUCCCGUUGCCCACCUGGAAUGCUCAGACCCGGGAACCUGUCACAGACAAUGUGGAGAAGUUUGCCAUUGAAACAGAACUCAUCUACAAGUACUCUCCCUUCCACACUGAGGAGGAAGUGAUGGCCCAGUUCAUGAAGAUUCCUGGGGACAGUGGAACACUGGUGAUCAUCUUCAAUCUCAAACUCAUGGAUAACGGAGAGCCAGAACUAGAUAUAAUCUCAGAUCCAAGAGAUAUCCAGAUGGCAGAGACCUCCCCAGAGGGCACGAAGCCAGAGCGGCGCUCAUUCCGUGCCUAUGCUGCUGUCCUUUAUAUCGAUCCCCGGAUGAGGAUCUUCAUCCACGGGCACAAGGUGCAGACCAAGAGGCUCUCCUGCUGCCUAUACAAGCCCAGGAUGUACAAGUACACAUCAAGCCGUUUCAAGACCCGUGCUGAGCAGGAGGUGAAGAAGGCAGAACACGUAGCACGGAUUGCUGAAGAUAAGGCACGGGAGGCAGAGAGCAAAGCUCGGACCUUGGAAGUACGCCUGGGUGGAGACCUCACACGGGACUCCAGGGUGAUGUUGCGACAGGUCCAGAACACAGCCCUCACCCUGCGCAGAGAAGCUGAUGUCAAGAAGAGGAUCAAGGAGGCCAAGCAGCGAGCAUUGAAAGAACCUAAGGAACUAAAUUUUGUUUUUGGGGUCAACAUUGAACACCGGUACUUGGAUGGCAUGUUCAUCUACAACUGUAGCCGCUUGAUCAAGAUGUAUGAGAAAGUGGGCCCACAGCUGGAAGGAGGCAUGGCAUGUGGUGGGGUUGUUGGUGUUGUUGAUGUGCCCUACCUGGUUCUGGAGCCUACACACAACAAGCAGGACUUUGCUGAUGCCAAAGAGUACCGGCACCUGCUGCGGGCCAUGGGGGAGCACCUGGCGCAGUACUGGAAGGACAUUGCGAUUGCCCAGCGGGGAAUCAUCAAGUUCUGGGAUGAGUUUGGCUACCUCUCUGCCAACUGGAACCAGCCCCCAUCCAGUGAGCUGCGUUACAAACGCCGGAGAGCUAUGGAAAUACCUACCACUAUCCAGUGCGAUUUGUGUCUGAAGUGGAGGACCCUCCCCUUCCAGCUGAGUUCUGUGGAAAAAGAUUAUCCUGACACCUGGGUUUGUUCCAUGAACCCUGAUCCUGAGCAGGACCGAUGUGAGGCUUCUGAACAGAAGCAGAAGGUUCCACUGGGAACAUUCAAAAAGGACCCGAAGACUCAGGAAGAGAAGCAGAAGCAGCUGACAGAGAAAAUUCGCCAGCAGCAGGAGAAGCUGGAGGCCCUUCAGAAAACCACACCCAUCCGUUCCCAGGCUGACCUGAAGAAACUGCCUUUAGAAGUGACCACCAGACCUCCCACUGAGGAACCUGCACGUAGACCUCAGCGUCCUCGGUCUCCCCCUUUACCUGCUGUGAUCAAGAAUGCCCCGAGUAGACCCCCUUCCCUGCAAGCUCCCAGACCACCCAGCCAGCCCCGAAGGGCUCCUAUCAUCAGCAGCGCCUCAAAGCCUCCUGUCUUGGCAGCCCGUGAGGAGGCCAGUACAUCCAGGCUGCUCCAGCCCCCUGAAGCACCCCGAAAGCCUGUGAACACUCUGGUCAAGACUGCACCCCGGCCUGCUCCUCUGGUGCAGCCACUAUCACCAUCUCUACUGCCCAACUCCAAGAGCCCUCGGGAGGUCCCUGCCCCCAAAGUCAUGAAGACUCCGGUGGUCAAGAAGCCAGAGCUGCCCACUAAACUCUCCCUGGCUACCCCUGUUCGAAAGCGGAGUGUGGGGGUCUCUGAUGAGGAAGAAGCCGAGGAAGAGGCUGAGAGGAGGAAGGAGAGGAGCAAGCGGGGCAAAUUUGCUGUGAAGGAAGAAAAGGAUUUGAAUGAGCUCUCAGACAGUGCUGGGGAAGAGGAGCCAGCUGACCUCAAGAGGGCUCAGAAAGAUAAAGGGCUGCAUGUGGAGGUCCGUGUGAACAGGGAGUGGUACACAGGCCGUGUCACAGCCGUGGAGGUGGGCAAGCAUGUGGUGCGGUGGAAAGUGAAGUUUGACUAUGUGCCUACAGACACGACACCACGAGACCGCUGGGUGGAGAAAGGCAGUGAGGAUGUACGGCUGAUGAAGCCCCCUUCUCCAGAAUAUCAGAGCCCUGACACGCAGCAGGAGGGUGGGGAGGAGGAGGAAGCCAUGGUGCCCCAGCAGGCUGUAGCCAUGGCAGAACCCUCCAUUUCAGACUGCAUCCGCAUUGAGCCUGACACCACUGCCCCGAGCACCCACCAUGAGACCAUUGACCUGCUCGUCCAGAUCCUCCGGAAUUGUUUACGGUACUUUCUGCCUCCGAGUUUCCCCAUCUCCAAGAAGGAGCUGAGUGCUAUGAAUUCAGAUGAGCUAAUAUCUUUCCCUUUGAAAGAGUACUUCAAGCAGUAUGAAGUGGGACUCCAGAAUCUGUGCCGUUCCUACCAGAGCCGUGCUGACUCACGGGCCCAGGCCUCAGAGGAGAACCUGCGUACCUCUGAGAGAAAGCUCCGUGAGACAGAGGAGAAGCUGCAGAAGCUGAGGACCAACAUCGUGGCUCUCCUGCAAAAGGUGCAGGAGGACAUAGAUAUCAACACAGAUGAUGAGCUGGAUGCCUACAUCGAGGACCUCAUCACCAAGGGGGACUGAGGAGCUAGGAGCUCCCCUGCCCACCUGCCCCUCAAUGCAGCAGCUUCUGGAGGGUGGGCCAUUCAUGGGUUGGUGGACUGACCUUGGUUUGACUCACAUGGGACAUUUGUGCUUUUGGAGGGAAAGAUACUCUGAUUCUUUGAAUCUUCCUCCCUAAGUUUAUAAAUAUUUAUUUUUUAAAAGAAACAAGAUGCUG